CGCAAAGUGUACGACCUCUUCCUGCUUUCUACGGAGCUGGACUGGCUGGAGAUCCGUCUGCACACUUUGAGCUCCUACAUCGACUACUUCGUCAUUGUAGAGUCGAACAGCACCUUCACCGGCCUACCCAAACCAGCCUAUCUGGCUGAAAACUGGAACAAAUUCGCACCCUUCCACAGCAAAAUCAUCCACAGUGUUGUCGAAGACCCAGGCCUGUCAAUUGGAAGCAGGACUUGGGACCACGAAGACUACUUCCGCAACGCUUUGUUAUACGCCACCUUCCCAAAACUAGUCGGAACGCUCCAAGAAGCCCAAGAAGGCGACGUCCUAAUCGUAAGCGACGUAGACGAGAUCCCCAAACCGGAAGCCAUUGUCGUUCUACGCAAAUGCGCCAUUCCCGACCGUCUGACUCUACGAAGCCAAUUCUACUACUACAGUUUCCAAUGGCUCCACCGCGGGGAAAUGUGGGCGCACCCGCAAGCAACCACCUACCACGGCCUCGACCGCACCAUCUCCCCCAAGGACCUACGCAACGGCGAACCACAUACACCCGGCUGGUUCUGGCUAAACCAUCUGAGAACAUGGUACCAAUCGCGUGACUUCUGGGACGCGGCGUGGCAUUGCUCAUCUUGUUUCCACACUGUGAAGGAGAUGCAGACGAAGAUGCAGAGUUUCUCUCAUGUGGGGUGGAAUACGGAGGCGAAUCGCGACGUGAGGACUAUUGUGGAGAGGGUGAGGGGUGGUGUGGAUCUGUUUGGGAGGGAGGGGGAGGUGUAUGAGCGGGUGGAGGGGAACACGGAUGUGCCGGCGUAUAUUUUGCAGCAGCCGACGCGGUUUGGGUAUUUGUUGGAUCGGGAUGGGGAGGAUGGUGGGUUCCAGGAU